AUGAGGAUCCACAACCUCACCCUGCUGUCCUUCCUCCUUCUGGCCACUGAGGUGCUCUUGAUGCAUGUCCAAGAGGGAGUAAAGUUAGGACAGGGCAGAGCACCAGACUUGGAUCACUGGGUCACUGGAGGCUCCUCUGGAAUCUGGGCAAAAGACCACUCAUCUGAGUUUGUGCACAUAUCUGACUUCACGACUGAAGAUCAAGCUAAGUGCGAGGGACGUCUGACUGAGAAGGGGUACGGCAUCAUUGCAUUAAAGGUCGAUUGCACUAGAAAAAACAAUCAGUUCUCCUGUGUCUUCAUGGGCAAUACAGCUUCAUGCCUAGAGUUUUUGGAGCACAAACUUGACUACUUGGGAGAAAUUAUCAGGAGCCUGAAACUCCAGAAUAACAUCUGUGGGGACUCCACAGCCAUGCUGAUGACCAGUGUGUGUGGUAGCAAGUUUGAGGAAUCCAAUCUCAAGCUGGUGAGCUCCACUCUACUCAACCACUAG